AUGUCUCCAAUACCCGCGACAAUCUCCAUCUAUGGCCUGACCGAGCUCACUCAAGGCGACGAGGUUCGAGAAUUUGACAUUGUUUUUGUACAUGGCCUACAAGGUCACCCGGAGAGCACGUGGACGUUUGCCGAGGGUACUAACAACCAAGCAUCUACCAAACCACCUUCCAAGGGUUCCUUUUUCCGACGGUCAGCAAAAGCAGCUGCAACGGAGCCCGCAGCCGAUCUGCCCGGAACUUCUCCACCGUCAAACACCUUUUGGCCGCGAGACUUCUUGCUCGAGGAUUUCCCCAAAGCGCGCGUUUUCACCUAUGGCUAUGAUUCCUCCGUUAGCCACUUUUUCUCUGGCCCAGCUAAUCGCGACAACAUCCUCGACCGUGGACGAGACCUGCUCGAACGGCUUGCUCCUCAGCGUGAGAAAGUGCGAGGUCGCCGCAUCAUUUUUAUUGCGCACUCUCUUGGUGGUUUAGUCGUCAAAUCGGCCUUGAGGCUAUCUGCCGAAGCUGAGGAUGAAGAUGAAGACCUGAAAGACAUACUGGCAUCAACGGCGGGCGUCUUGUUCUUCGGUACCCCUCAUCGCGGGAGUCUUUGGGUCAGCACGGGCAAGAUCAUCUCCCGUUUUGCCAAAGCGAUCGGCUUCUCGACGAGUAACAUCAACCUCGAUUUGCUCACGCCGAAUGACGCAAUGCUGCAAAUACUAAGAGAUGACUUCAGAAAAAAGCUGGAUAAACAGAAAAUGCUCUAUGUUACGUCUUACCAGGAAUCGUUAGGGUACAAAGGCUUCAACGGCUUCGAUGAAAAGAUUAACGAAGCUCAUGAUCGCACGCUCUCGUGGCUCCUACAAGCGGAUCAGCAAGGACCCGGCCUAAUGAAUUGGCUUGCCGUUGAAGAAGGCAUAUUUUGGAUCCAGGGUGUGCCAGGCUCCGGGAAAUCUACUGUGAUGAAGUACCUUUGCGAGUCGGGCGACGUCGCCAGAACCCUAGAGACAUUCGAUUGGUCUCAUGCAGCAGUUUUCUUAACGCGCGAGAUUGAGCAAGAGAACAGAUCCUGGAAAGCAGUCGUCGGUGCAAUCGUGUACAAACUCUUAUCUUUCCACCCCGCCCUUCAUUCCAUCAUCGAACCGUUGGUCGCUUCCCAUGGCCAACAAAGUUCCUUCUCUCUAGAAGAGCUUGAGAGGAUUCUGCUUCUAUGCAAGUCGCAGAAAAUAGUCAAGUUUCGCAUGUGUCUUUUCAUAGACGCCUUGGACGAGAGUGACAACGAUGAGAAGAAUUGGGAAUAUAUGGCCGACUUCUUGGAGUUCCUGGUAACGAAUGAGAGUGACCAAGGGUUUGGUACCUUCAAGAUAUGUGCCACCAGCCGUCCGGAGAGCGCGUUCGAUGUCCGAUUGAAGGAUCGACCUGGCUUGCGCGUGCAGGAUUGGACCAAGGGGGACAUAUACUAUUAUGUCCACAGCCGAUUGGAAUCCCAUCGGCGCGUGCGAGACAUGGCUGGAGAUUCGGAAUUCUGCGAUCAGCUGCAGGAGAUCUGCAGGUUCAUUGUUGAUCAGGCAAUGGGCGUGUUUCUUUGGGUUCGCCUGGUCGUCGACAGCGUGCAUGUUAGCCUGUCACGAAGCGAAUACUUGGGGAACGUACGAGCGCGACUAUUGAACCUUGAUCAGACAAACACACAAAUGGCUGAGCUCUACUUGUCCACACUCGACAGCAUACCGGUAGAGACUCGCGGAGAGACGGACGCCAUCUUCAGGACGCUCCUGGCGGCGGACAAAGCGGUGAGUGUAAUGGAUAUCGGUGUUCUUCUCGAGGUGAUUCCAUAUCAAACCUUUACCGAAGACGGUUAUGCAAUUGAGCCCCGUCCGAUAUUGGAUAUGAGUAGAAGUGGCCCUAGAUUGGAGCAGCGCAUAAGAGACGCAACGGGAGGAUUGGUGCAGGUCGUUAUGCCAGAAGGAUACAAGGAAGCCCUGGAAACGUGGGAGGCAAUCAGGAGAUCGAUUGUUGCCAAACCUUCGACCGAGCCCGGAGAAGAUGAUUAUGCACACGAAAAGGCCAGGAUCGCUUCAAGAGAUGAAUUGCUCGCAGGGAUAGUGUCAGGUGUGCAUGACGAGACUGUCAGCUUAACCAAUCCUGAGGCUUGCAUCGAUGCGUUUCAUUGGUGUGUGCAGAACUCAAUGCUUAUGCCAGACGCCACGGUCUGGACUGUUCAGUUCCUCCAUCAGACAGUGAGGGAAUUCUUGACAACAUCUGACACAGAUCUGAUUUCGAGGAUAAACGACAAAUUUCCCCCACCACAGGAGGGAUUCAUGGUAGCUGGCGCCAUGUACCAUAUCUCAAUCGCACUCGCCUAUAUUCAGCUGAGCGACGCCCUGCGAGAGGAGUCUAGAUGGACCCUGGAACCAGCAGAGAUCAUGAUGAGGUACGCCCCCGAGUUGGACCUUUUGGAAGGAAUGAAAUCCUACGACCUGAUCCACGCUCUUGAUCGAUGUUUAUCAAGGUCGACCGAAGGGAAGGCUUACUGGCCAGGCUCACGCCUGCAGCACCCUCCAGCCUGGAAAACAACAUUCCUGGCAUUCGCAGUGAGCAACAACAUGUGCGCUUUUGUCUCGGAAGCGCUGAGAAGACAACCUGAUCUCAUCAAAAAGCCCGGUCGACCGCUGCUACACUAUGCAGGCUGGUCCCCGGGCAAGUAUCCGAACCCUACCAUGGCUGACAUCCUUCUGUGCGCAGGAGCGAACCCAGGCUGGGUCUUUGACGAGUCGCCACAGAUAUCCAAGACAGCGUUAGAAAGCCUUUUCUUCGGACACGUUCAAGAAAAUGGGGCUUUACACUUCGAGUACAUGUGGACGCUCGCGCAUUUCUUUGACGACUCAGGUUUCGACUCCCGCGUUCCCUGCCCUUCUGGACCCGAUCUUAUUGUCCACGCCAUGUCCGAACACCCCGAAAAAUGGACUGAAUGGACCACCAUCUUUCACUACAUUGCCGCAAUGCCCGUACCACUCGCGGACAAGAUAGAGUUCUUUAAGAAAUUGAGGACACUGGUCGAUAACUCCAACGUUCGGACUUACGACAAUUGUAUGAACGUCCGCGACUCAAACAAGCGGACCGUCUUCGAAGCUCUGCUCCAGAACGCAAGUCCAGAGGAUGUGACGCCAGAGAUGGCCGGUCGCAUGCUGCGGGGCCUGAAAGCCAAGAUCACAAUGGAGAUGGUGCGUGUCAAUUUCGAGUCGUCGAAAGACGAGGAUGAGACGCCAAUCGCGUGCCAUAUGCGCGCGGUGACUCCUGUGUUCUUCAGGGAAGAGUUUAGAAAAGAUCGCUACUACACUAGUGGGGCUAAGAGCCUCAUUUCUAGUCUCAAUCCCCUUCAUCUGGCUAUUGCCAGCAGUACGUGGCUACCGCUACGUAUCUACUUCCGCGUCGUCGUGCUGUGGCCAGCGCUGUCCCAGAUCUUGAUCUGUGUGCUCACGUCACCGGUAGGAUUACAAAUAUGCAAGUAUCUGCUCCUUGGAAUUUGCUGCUUGCUGGUUUGUGGAGCUGUAGCUGCGGUGUUGUGGUUUGGCUUGUACGUGUACUUCGAAAUGAGGAAAUCAGAAGCUUUUGGAGCUUAUGCUGUAGCGGCGGCGAAGGCGAAAAAGAAGUAA